AGGAGUGGAAAACAGUAGGAGUUGCAGAAACAACAGCCACCCGAGUCACCGCCGCCGCCAUCGCCGACGAAGCUGCAACCGCAGAUGCAGCGACCACAAAUCCUAACGGCGCUCCAUAUACUUCCCGCAAUAUAAUAUAAAGAAAUUACAAACCACAUAUAAAAAUCACUAAGUACAUGUAUCCUCCGAUGCGAGUAUGUGUGUGUGCGGGUGUGCGGCAGAGUGUUGCGCGCUCAACGCUGCUCAUCAGGACGAGUUAGAGCAAAUAAAUAACUAAUAGUGCAUGGCAGUCGCAUAGCGUUGCACGAACGGACAGUGCGCCAGUUAGUCAGUGACCGUUAGGCGGGUAGUUCAAAACAAAUAAUAGCAAAUUUCCACACAAACACACACACACACAUAAACACAAUCGUUGACAACUAUCAAACGCGCACACAAACGCCAAGUGAAUGCCAAUGUAUUUUCAAGCACGCACACAGAUACUGGAUGCCCAAGUUAACGGGAAAAUGGUGUUGUGGCAAUAAUGUGAGUGCUGCAAAUAAUAAAUAACUGUUAUAAGAAAAGAGCGAAGAAGUUGUUGAGCCGUUCAUAUGUCAAUGCGGACGGUAGGUGGAUGCUCUUAAAUCAAAUUUGGCGGCUAGACUAUAUUUUGGCAUUUGUCGCGAUUGGCGGCGUGAAGCAAAUCUAAUUAAUCGAAGAAAAAAGCUGGUGCUUAAAUUGUGGCGUAUAAAUAUUUAGUGAAAACAACAUUUUAAAAUACCGUCGCUUGGCUCUUGCUCUCACACAUUCGAACUCGUUUGAGUGACUUUUCUGAUUUGCUAUUAAUUUCACGUUCCUUGUCAUAAUUCAAUUUCGGUUUUCUCCAGACGACGCUGUCCGAUUUCGUAUGCGAUAAUGCAUGUGCUUACAUAGCCAUAAUGUGGUUGUAUGUGUCUGCAUGAAAAAAUGUGGUAUUUACGGGAAUAAUUGAUUUUGAACGCUAAACUAUAACAACAAAAUAAAAAUGCUGCAACUGCAUUUUUUGAUAAAAAUUCGUGAAUUGUGCCAACAUAUUAAUUGUUUGUAAAAUAAUAAAAAAAUACACUGUGCAACCAAAUGUAGUAAAUAGUAAAGAAUUUAGAUUUCCGUGCAAAUAAAACUUUGCCGGCCUUGGCUUGCAUUGCUGACAAAUUCUCACUUCCGCUUUACAAAGCGUGUCAUUUGGAAAAUGGCGACGGCAAGCAAAUUGUCGGGUUACGUAUACGCGCUGGUGAACGACUCUGCACAAUUGAUUCUACAUUUAUAUGCAAUCUAAAUGCGAUUUGAUUAGAAAAAUGUCAAAACUAUUUAAGUAAAUCGUUGAUAGUGCAUUUAGAUACCAAAAUAUUUACAAAAGUUGAAAACAUAACAAAAAUGUCCAAGAAUAUUUUUGAAAAAAAAAAAUUCCAAUGAAAAAUAAAAAAAUAAUAAUAUUUGUGUAAAAUAUUUAAUAACUCUUAAUAAUAUGUACUUGUAUAGUUAAAACUAUAAAGAAUUUAAAUGUGCGUAGAACUUGAAAAUUUUUUAAUUUUAUAGAAAAGGAGAAAACUUUUAGUAGAAAACCACAGAGGCAACGUGUUUCUUUGUUAAAUCGUUUCAGUAAAUCACAUCAAUAUUAGACUCAAGUGGACAACAGGUGUUCCGCCACCAACUCUGCAUAACCCGCACCAACAGCGGCUCGACCACGUCAACAACUUGCAGCAACAUUGUCAGUACGCGCGGCAAUUAGCAAACGAGCAUAUAUACGACACAGUCAUGUAUGAGAAUUCCUGUUCAUAUCAAACCGCGCUCGAUCUAAAGCGCGUCUCGCCGCCGACACUGGCGCAGGUGAAGACCGAAGACUGCUUGACGCUCGGCCAGUGCUCACCCGAUUGGUCCACAUAUCGCUUCCAUCAGUCCACGUUCGAGCAGCUGAAGCAAAGCGUUGAGAAAGCGAAGGCGGCAUUGCAAGAUCGUAGCAGCUUCUUCGGCGCUUCCAGUGCGUUUAGUGACAUUUAUUCAACGCAACGGCUCAGCGAUACGCUUGGCGACACUUUGCCCAAUGUGCAACCGACAAAUGGCAGCAAUUGCAUCGGCAUUGUGCACAACAGCGGCGGCAUUAGUGGCAAUUCGGUGGCGAGCGCGCCGAGUUUAGUGCUGAACGGCAAUUGCAUCACCACCGUCUCAUCGGCCACCACGGGCCAACGCUAUCGCUUAGAUAACCUACAACCGGUGACCGGUUGUUCACCCGUCUCACAGCACGGCGUCAUCAGCGCGAACAGUGCACCGCCACCGCUGACCCCCGGCGCACACGAAGCGGUCGGCGCGGUGGAGAGCAAGUCGAGAGAAAAAUCGUCCUCUCUGUGUUCGUCUUCAUCCACGCCGCAUGCGAUAAGCACGAGUAGUGAGAAUCAUCGUAGCUCCAGCAAAUGCAUAGCCGAUUCUUCGUACAAGUCCUCUUGGGGAUCACAUGGCUCCUCGCAGUCGCAGGGCUACAGCUCAAAUGCGCUAAGCAGCGUGGGCGUGAGCGUCGGCAAGUCAUCGCUUGAUCCGCAUUCACAUCUCAGACAGCCCGAUCCAUAUCAAAUGUUUGGGCCUACCAGCAGUCGACUAGCCAGCUCUGGUUCGGGACAAAUACAGCUAUGGCAAUUUCUUCUAGAACUACUAUCCGACUCUGGCAAUGCGGCUUGCAUUACCUGGGAAGGCACAAAUGGUGAAUUCAAAUUAACCGACCCUGAUGAGGUGGCCAGACGAUGGGGUGAACGCAAAUCAAAACCGAAUAUGAAUUAUGAUAAGCUGAGUCGUGCGUUAAGAUAUUACUAUGACAAGAACAUUAUGACAAAAGUGCAUGGCAAACGUUAUGCGUACAAGUUCGACUUUCAAGGCUUGGCCGCCGCCACACAACCCGCCGCCAGCGAUCCCACCUACAAGUACCAGAGUGACUUGUUCAUGACACCAUAUCAUCAUAGCGCCAAACUGAGCUCAUUUAUGAGUCCGCAUCAUGGUAUGACAUCGUCGUCAGCAUCGAUAUUCCCAUCGGCCGCUUCGUGGGGCAAUUGGGGCAACCCGGCCACAAAUCUCUAUCAGCCGCACUCGAUGGGCCAUGUGACGCCGUCGCAUGUUGCGCCUCACCUCAGCUCCUAUCCGCAUUAUGCAUGA